AUGUCGGGUGCCGUGGGCCGUGAGGCCGUCUUCCCGACUCGCCAGUCGCUGGGGUUGAUGAAGGGUAAACUUAAGGGUGCGGAAACCGGACACAGCUUGCUGAAGCGCAAGAGUGAAGCUCUGACCAAGCGUUUCCGGGAAAUCACUCGCCGGAUUGAUGAAGCCAAGCAGAAGAUGGGUCGGGUCAUGCAGAUCGCUGCGUUCUCGCUCGCAGAAGUCAGCUAUGCUGUCGGAGGUGAUAUCGGUUACCAGAUCCAGGAGUCCGCCAAGCAGGCUCGGUUCCGUGUGAGGGCUAAGCAGGAGAACGUCUCCGGUGUCUUGCUGCCCCAUUUCGAGAGCUACACGGAGGACGGUAUCAAUGACUUUGGCUUGACGGGUCUUGGAAAGGGUGGUAUGCAGGUUCAGCGCUGUCGGGAGACGUAUGCCCGGGCAGUGGAAACUCUGGUGGAACUUGCGAGUCUACAGACUGCAUUCGUGAUUCUAGACGAAGUCAUCAAGGUGGUCAACCGGAGAGUGAACGCCAGCGAGCAUGUCAUCAUUCCCCGUACAGAGAACACCAUUAAAUACAUCAACUCGGAGCUCGACGAGCUCGACAGAGAAGAGUUCUACCGCCUCAAGAAGGUCUCCGGCAAGAAGCAGCGCGACAACGCCGCCGCCGACGCAGAGAUCCUGGCAGCGCGCCAGAAGAAAGAGGCAGCCAUCAAGGAGGCGGGCGCUCCUGUGGAGGAGGAAGAAGAAGAAGAGGCACCUGAAGCCCCUGACGUGCUCGGAGAGCAAGAAGAUGCCGACGUGAUUUUCUAGGCGCUGAUCUGUUUCGUUUCGUCCUGUAACUAGUACCUACACUUCUAGCCUGUAGCAGUUCUUCUCGUCAUUCCAUGCCCGAUUUCUACACCGCAACUAUUCCCCAGGCAGACCGACAUCGAACAACAAGUUCUUCC